AUGGGGCGAGUGAUCAGGGGUCAGCGAAAAGGCGCGGGGUCCGUAUUCAAGGCCCACGUGAAGCACAGGAAAGGCCCAGCCAAGCUCCGAUCUGUUGACUUUGCCGAGAGGCAUGGCUACAUCAAAGGCAUUGUGAAGGAUAUUGUGCAUGAUCCUGGUCGUGGUGCACCUCUGGCAAAAGUGGCAUUCAGAGACCCCUAUCGCUUCAAGAAGAGGACUGAACUGUUCAUUGCUGCAGAGGGCAUUCAUACUGGACAGUUUGUCUAUUGUGGAAAGAAGGCCCAGCUUAAUAUUGGUAAUGUUCUCCCUGUUGGAACCAUGCCUGAAGGAACAAUUGUGUGCUGUCUUGAAGAGAAGCCAGGUGACCGUGGCAAGCUGGCCCGUGCCUCUGGAAACUAUGCUACAGUAAUCUCUCACAAUCCUGAAACUAGGAAAACGAGAGUUAAACUUCCUUCGGGUUCCAAGAAGGUUGUCUCCUCUGCAAACCGAGCUAUUGUUGGUGUUGUUGCUGGUGGUGGUCGAAUUGACAAACCAAUCCUAAAGGCAGGUCGUGCCUACCACAAAUACAAGGCAAAGAGAAACUGCUGGCCGCGUGUCCGUGGUGUGGCCAUGAAUCCUGUUGAACAUCCCUUUGGUGGUGGUAACCAUCAACAUAUUGGUAAACCUUCAACAAUCAGGAGAGAUGCUCCAGCUGGUCGCAAAGUUGGUCUUAUUGCUGCUCGUCGUACUGGCAGACUGCGUGGUACAAAGACUGUGCAGGAAAAGGAAAAUUAA